AUGUAUCCGAUUCUGUGUAAAGUACGAUACGAAUCGCUCCACGAGAUUCUGGCCAGUCGAGAUGUUUGGAAACAAAUACUGUUUAGUGUGAUUAUGAACUGGAUUGUGGCUCCAUUCUUGAUGCUUGGUCUAUCAUGGGCAUUCUUGCCCGAUGAGCCUGGUCUACGAGCAGGUCUUAUCUUGGUCGGCCUCGGAAGAUGUAUUGCCAUGGUUCUCAUCUGGACUGGACUUGCUGGUGGCGACAGCGAAUACUGCGCCAUUCUCGUGGCCAUCAACUCGAUGCUACAGAUGGUUCUCUUUGCUCCUUUGGCCGUCUUCUUCAUCCACAUUAUCAGCCAUGAUCAAAACGCGGUAACGGUAUCCUACUCGGUCGUGGCUACUAGCGUUGCCGUAUUCCUGGGCAUCCCGCUUGGUGCGGCUAUCUUCACAAGGUUUGUACUCCGCGGCUUGUGUGGCGCCGAAUGGUAUCAGCGUGUCUUUUUGCGCUUUGCAUCUCCAUGGUCUCUGAUUGGGCUGCUGUACACCAUUCUCGUCCUCUUUGCGUCCCAGGGGCGCCAGGUCGUCCACCAGAUUGUGUCAGUUAUUCGGGUGGCCGCCCCGCUGAUUGUGUAUUUCCUAAUCAUAUUCUUCUGCACAUUGUGGAUCACCCGUCGACUUGGAUUCACGUACUCGUUGGCUGCCACGCAGAGCUUCACCGCGGCAAGUAACAAUUUUGAACUGGCCAUCGCCGUCGCCGUGGCCACUUUUGGUCCAGAUAGUGAUCAAGCUCUGGCGUCCACGGUCGGUCCCUUGAUUGAGGUGCCGGUUUUGCUUGGCCUCGUGUACUUGGUCAAAGUCGUAGCCAAGAGAUAUAGAUGGGAAUAG